AUGAAGAAGUUGCAGGACUCGGGAACUGGAAAAAAUCCAAAGGAAGACGUAAAGCGCAAGGCUGAGCGUCAACCUGUCCCAGGAUUGCUGAACGAACGCGAUGAACGAAGUGAACCAAAACCAUCUGUUCCAGAAGUAUCUUUUGAGGAAACGCCACAAAGAGUUGAUAACAGGAAGGGCGGCAAAAUACCUGCUAGGUCCAAGAAAUGGAAGCAUACACAGGAGGAGAGAGACGGACUAGUGAUUGCACUAAUAGUCCAGAUGGAGGAGUUGUCCUCAGUCUCGAAAGAUGUCUUGCUGAUGAACCACUUAGAUAGACACGUCCAUGAACUUGAAGCGGCCACAAAGGACAAUUUGAAAAAGGUCAUCGAAAGAGUAAAACAGUGCCGCUGUCAAGAGCCAAAAACGAAGAAAGAAGAGACGCCAAAGCCUCGCAUUGGCCAGAGAAGACUGAAAAAGUUGAUGGCAGAAAAGAGACGAUUAUUGAAGGCACUUUAUGUACAAGUAGAAGGCCUUGAGCCAGUCAAAGAAAACGUCUAUAUGAUAUAUCACUUGGAUGGUCACAUAUUGGACCUCCAGCUGGCUGGAAAAGGCGCGAUGGGCGCAGUCUUAGAAGAGACCAAGAACUGCAAAUGUCAAGCCUAUCGAGAGGACAACGGCAAAGGAAAAGAGAACAGAAAAUGGAAGAAACUGAUAGACAAAAGUAACGACUUAAUCUAUGAGCUGAUGGUCCAGGUUGAAAGAAUUGAUCCAACCUCGGCAAAUUUCGAGGCGAUAGCUCACCUGGAGGGUCACAUCUGGGACCUGGAAGAGGCUGAGAAUGUCGAGCUUAAAUCGAAGAUCAAAAAUACGAGAAAAUGCUCAUGUCAAGCUGCACUGCCAAAGAAGAAGAAGAAGCCACGCUAUAGGAAGAGGGACUGGCAGAACCUUCUGAUAGAAAGGAAUACUUUGAUAGAGGAAUUGUCUGGACAAUUAAAAGCUCUUGAUGGCAAUUCCGAAGACUAUUUAUUCAUGAUAGUGCACUUGCAGAAGCACCAGUGGCUCCUCCAGAGAGCAAAGGUGGAAGACAUGGAGUUCCUGGUAGGAAAGGUACAAAAAUGCUGGUGCCAGAAACAUGGAACUGAUGAACCUGAAAGUUCCACACAAGAAAUGCAGAGCCUUAUAGAAACUUCGUCCAAUCAUGACUCCGACACAGAGAACUCGUCCUAUCAUGAAUUUGAAGACAGGCCAGACGAGUUCCAUUAUGAGUCUGGAGACAUAACAGAGGAGUUCCAUUAUGAGUCUGGAGACAUAACAGAGGAGUUCCAUUAUGAGUCUGGAGAAUCAUCCCAAGAGACUCCCGUGACUCCCAAAUCACUCCUCUUAAAGGAACUCGAAAGGGUAAAGAUGGAACUAAUUCAAAAGUUGAAUAAGUGGGACGAAGUGAUAGAGACAAAGACGGCUAAAGAACAAUUAAGUAAUGAGAGACGCGCCCUUCUAGUUGAAAGAGAACAUUUCAACGAUGAAAAGAAAGACCUCGAAAUUCAACGAAAGGAGUUCGAGGAAAGGAAGCAGGCCCUCGAAUUGGAUUACUUUACCACGAGAGAAGAAAUUGAUAGACAACGUGAAGACCUCAUGAAGGAACAAGAGAUAUUGAGAUGGGAAUGGGAAGCCUUCCAGAUAGAGAUGGGGGCAUUCUGUUUGGAAAUGACGAACAAGAGAGAAGAACUGCGAAAAGAAAAAGAAGCCCUCUUCAUGGACCAACACAUUCCAUAUACGGAUCGACAGGCCUUAGAUUUGGAUUGGGAAGUCUUCCAGAGAGAAAAGGAAGCUUUCGAAAAAGAAAGAGAAAAUCUCAUACUAGAAAGAGAGAAGCACGAAAAAAAUGUGCGAGAAUUCAAUUCGAGAAAAGAAAAAAUCAGGAAAGAUCUGGAGGCAGCAGGUGCCAAAUUGAUCACAGAGAAGAAACUCAUUGAUGAGGACAGAUUCCUCCUGAAGAAAGAAAAGGAGCUGCUCCAGAGGAAAAGUGAUAACUUCACCAAGGAGAAAACAGAAUUCCCUCGAGAGCCUAAAACUCAGUGCAAAAAUGAAUGGAAAAAACAACAGGGUAAUAAGGUUGGAAACCUUGAGAGAAGAUUGGUGGAAUUAGAGAGUCAAUUAAACAUACUGGAAGCAAAAACUCCUGACUAA